GUAUGAAUGCCGGCCAGGGCAGGUGUCCUUCAAGUUACAUAAUUCCUUUAUUCCAGACAUAUCGGAGCGGUAAAUCUAUGUUUGGCUGUGUCGGCCGGACCUGUGGGCCUGGCGGUACAUAGUGUGUGUUUUGGAUUAAAUUAGACCUCAGAUAUCCCACUUUUAUGGAGGUAACCCCGCGGCAUUAUGGGUAAAGGUCAACAAGGUGAAAGUUCAGCUGCGGUCAGCAAGCAAGGUACCUACACCUGGGAGGAGGUCAGACAGCACAGCACUAGGACGGACAAAUGGGUGGUGAUUGAGGACGGGGUGUACGAUGUCAGCCAGUGGGUGAACAGACACCCAGGGGGCUUCAAGGUGCUGUCUCACUAUGCUGGCGAAGAUGCUACGGAUGCGUUUGUUGCAUUUCAUCCAGACAAGAGCAUAGUCAGGAAGUACAUGAAGCCAUUGUGUAUCGGCUCGCUAGACAAAGACAAUCAACCCAAGAAGUCCCUCAUCAGUGACAUGCGAGACCUCCGUCUCCAGGUGGAGCAGAGAGGUCUCCUGAAACCCAACCUGUGGUUCUAUGUGGCUGUGCUGGCCCACAUCUUGGCCUUUGAAGUGCUGGGCUGGCUUGUCUUGUGGCGCUAUGGAACGGGCUGGGUGCCAUACCUGACAACUUCAAUACUCUUGCUUCUAGCACAGGGGCAGGCUGGAUGGUUUCAACAUGACCUGGGUCAUCUGUCCGUCUUCAAAAAGUCUAGUUGGAAUCACUUUCUUCACGGCUUUAUCCUUGGUGGAUUGAAGGGCUCCUCAGCCCACUGGUGGAACUACCGUCACUUCCAGCACCACGCCAAGCCCAACAUUGUCAGCAAGGAUCCUGACAUAAGGAUGGAGUAUCUCUUUAUGUUGGGAGACAAGAUGCCGGUCCAGUGGGCCAAUAGGAAGAAGGGUGUCAUGCCGUACAACCACCAGCAGAGCUACUUUUUCUUCCUUUUGCCGCCGCUAUUGUUGCCUGUAUACUUUCACUACGAGUAUUUUGCCCAUGUGAUCAAGAAGAAAGUGUGGAUCGAUCUAGCCUGGAUGGUGUUCUUCUUCAGCAAGCUGUUCUUGACCUACGGACCUCUUCUAGGCUUGUCUGGUGCUUUCUGGCUCUACAUGUUUGUCAGGUUUAUGGAGAGCCAUUGGUUUGUCUGGGUGACCCAAAUGAACCACAUCCCCAUGGAGAUAGAAAAGGACCAACAGAAGGAGUGGUUACCGAUGCAGCUGCAGGCUACCUGCAACGUGGAACCCACGUUCUUCAAUAGCUGGUUCUCGGGCCACCUCAACUACCAGAUUGAACACCACCUGUUUCCGACAAUGCCGAGGCACAACUUCUACAAGGUGAUGCCUGACGUGAAGGCGCUUUGCAAGAAACAUGACAUCCCCUAUCAAACUAAAUCUCUGUUAACUGCCUUUGCCGACAUUGUUCGCUCUCUGAAGCGGUCAGGAAAGAUUUGGCACGAUGCCUACUACCACCGAUAAAACGUGAUUAGACAGAAGGGAAGUACUGAGAUUGACCAAACCUAAUAAAGUUCAAAGUAAAUUUUAUUUUCUAUGGUUUAAGUCUGAUUUUGAAUAAAUGUUUCGGUGGAAAAAAAUAUCAUCUUGUGAUAGAGUUUAUGUUCUAUAAAAAAAUGUUUGUAGUUAUAGAACUAUGAAGGCAUAGCCAUACAGCGUAAUGUUUGGUAUCCAAAAUUACGUCCUAAGUACAUAAAUUGCAUUGAGAAUGUCAUUUCAUAAACUUUGGGUACAUUUUUUUUCCUGUUCCUGUUACAUGUACAUGUGACAUCUAUGAUUAUAUAAUUCUGAUGCAUUUUUUAAUGAAGUCGUCAUUAAACAGUCGUGAUUAUGAAUAGCAAACGAUCUACCCAUAAAAUUAAAAAUCAUUGAAAUCAUUCUUAAUAAUACUUGAAAGGCAAAGGGAACAGAGACAGGAAAAAUGUCCUAAAUUUAUAGAAUGACUUGUAAGCCUUCUAGGCAGCUUUCGUUUUCUUUGUCUUUCCAAAUUUCAAAUUUCUUACUAGAAAUUUAUCCAAAUGGUAUAAAAUACCAUGUGUGUGCAAGUUAUAUGCAAUGGUUUUGAGAUAAUGUGUCGUGAACUCAGUACGUGUGUGUUGCCUUCUGAUGAUUAACUAACUUGAGUAUCGUGACUUAGAGAAAAAUAAUUAGGUAAUUACUGAGUGGUGGCAUGGUUGUACUAAUCGACGUUAAUUAUUUUAAAAAGUGGUUUCAGACGUUUUUAAAGCUUCUAAACUUAGUCUUUGUGAAGUUUUUUGCGUUAAAUUGCUACAACUUUUUUUUUUUUCGGUGGGAGGAGGGUUGCUAGAUAAUGUGAAAAAAAAAUUAUGGUGUUUAUUGUAUAAUGUACAAAUGUUCAUUUUUGUUUUGCGCUUAAAACUGGAAAAAAGUGAAAACAUUUCAAAAUGUUAAAAACGUUAUUACAAUUUUGAAACAAUUCUGGAUGUUAAAGCAUGUAAAAUCCAAAUAUGACACUGCAAGUCUAAUGCAGAGUACUUUUUCAGACUUAAAAAAAAAAACCAGAAAAAAAAAAUUGGCUUGAAUUAUAUUAUUGUAGCGCAUUUGGCACGCACAACACAAAAUCCUGGAUUCCCAGAUACAUUUAGACAAAUCUCCGAAAAAAAUAUCAAAAUCCAUCAAACAAAACCAAGCAUUCAUUAGUAUCGAAGAAAUCAUUUUAUUCUGUAAUUUCAAAGGAGUAAGAGUUACAAAAAAAAAUUCCAAGAAUGAAAGCAAGGCACAUCUUGAGACAACAAACGGCAAGAAUGUAUUAUCUGCCAACCAUUUUCUAAGCAUCCAUACGGCUGAUAACAAUCAGUCAGUUUGAAUUUGUUAAAAAAAUUAAGUAACUGGAAAGUUGAAACCAACAAUUGAUAGUCUUGAUUAAAUAAAAACACUGAUCACUUCCCAUAGACUUUGUACACAAUCAACAAAGUGGCAUCUCAAUAUACAUGCGACAUAUUUCCUGGUGAAACUUCCUAUAAUAUUUUUAUGGCACUUGGAGCCAUAUUGGUUUAUAGAAGGAAAUGAUUUAUUAAUUGGAGGUUCGGUUGGCACCACGCUAGACUUGAAAUCAAGUCUGUAAUUGGCCAGCUUUAUUGGCCAGUUUUAUUGGCCAGCUGCGCAGCGCGCCCCAGUUUUGUUCCUUAGUGAGUGUGCAGUAUGGUGCUCACAUACAGGGACAAUGUUUGCUUCCUUGACACCAAGACAUGCCAAACCCAGCACAUGAUGAUAAACAUGAUACACUGUGCCGUUCUUGUAGAUAUUGGGGGUGCUGACAGACAAAACACGACUGUCUAGUGACUUGUUCUCAAGUCUAGCACCAUGUUUGUGCACAGGUCGUACAGUGCCUCUUAGGCCAGCCUCAGGUUGACCUGCAAUCUGAACUAGCCUUGCUCAAGGCGUUCCCUGAUAAUUGCUUCGUAUCGUGCAUUCCCAAAAGUCAGCUGCAGUACAAUUUAAAAAAAACUGCAUAAUGAUUCUCUAAAUUGGAUAGUUGUUUUACACACACUAUCAUAGUUAAACAUUUUACUGGAAAUUUUUGAGUUUAAGGACAAAAGUGUAAUUAAUUUUGGUAAAAAAAAUAAUUUUACAGCCAUUUUGGUCAUGUUCCCUGCAAGCAUGUAUCAGAUCUUUACAGUUUGGAUCACUGUUAAGUUGGCAUCAGACUAUUGUAGAUCACAAGUCUCAGUGUGCACAUCAUGAACUUGUGUCUUUCAAAGCAGAAUGCCUGCAGCUUUCCGAUACAUUGAAUGUAUACAUUACAACAGCAUUGAAUCCAUUUACAGUAUUAAUUAAUAACUUUGUCUUGAUUGUAUCAUUUUAAAAUUUAAUUUUUUUUAAAAAAGGUAUGUACCUCUGUCAUUUCUGUUUUAGCCUCUGAAGAAGAACCUGCUAAGUUCGCAACGUCAGGCCACAUUAAUUUUUAGAUUUAUAUAUUUCAGAUCCACCCAGUCAGUAAGCAGUUUGCAGCAGUCUUACUACUUUUUUUCAUUUAAAAUUUCAAAAGCUUUUGAAGCCGGUAACUAUUACUGAAUAGCUUGAUUUUAUCAUGUGAUUGUUGCAUAAUUAAUUUAGACAAUAAAUACUGAGCACCAUG